UUGGCUUUUAUGCAGCAAACUUUGAGAUAACGGGCAGGUUCAAGAAAGACAUAAAAUCCCUGCUGCACUAUUUUUUGCACUUAAGUACCUCUAUCUGUUCAAGUCUCAAAGAAAAAGUGAAGUCAAAAUUGUUGCCAAAGCUGUUUUAAACAAACGCCGUUCAUGAACCGAUGCCAUCUUUGUAGUUUUUUUUAACCAUCUCAGCUCUGAUGCUAAGCCUGCCUAGCGUCCCUCUACAGAGCACUGUGAUUGGCCAGGCACUUAAUGGUUCAGUCCAGUGGUAGACCCGCUGAGGCUACAAUGGAGCGUGGCUAAACCUUUGAAGCUAAAUCAUUUAGCUACUGCUAUGGUUUGUCUAGAUUUCUAGGCUAGUACGCAUGCAAAAUCAUAGCAUCUGUAACAUCUGUAAUAUUUUGACACAACUGCUUAAUUUUUGAGAGUUUAAAACAUUUUAAAUGCUCCAACCACCCAUAUGUCUGACCAUAUUAAAAAAGAGACUGUAGCUUUUUUAGGAUUAGGACCUCCUCCAUGCCGACUGUGAGGUCCCUUACAAAAAAACAACCUCUGGACAAAAUGCUCUUUGCAGUGAGAUCUGCAACGUUCCUCACAAAGGAUUGCUCGACAUAAUCCGUGUAGCCAUUAACCUUUGACCUGCUGCUACUGUAUGAACUGUGUAGGGUGUUUUUUCUGUAAAUGCUGUCCUGUCUCGUAAUGUUUCUGUGUGACGUACAGGGAUUGUGGAUGGAAACUGGAGCUAGCGCUGUAAUCUGGCUUAUUUACGUGUAGCUCAAUAGAUGUGUAUUGAUGUGUAGCGUCCCUACCGAAUGAAUGAAUGAAUGAAUUCCUUUAAAUAACUGUAAGCCUGUAAUUCUUUACAUUUCACUUCAAAAUUUGUCAGCAGAUGCUUUUAUUUAAUCUCCCUUCACCUUCUCACUUGUUUCUUCUUUCAUGAAGAAAUGAGUUCUGGCAGAACCACCCGCUCUGCAGAUCUAUUUAGUGUAAUGCAGCACUCGCACGGCUUUAGUGUUUGUGCCUCCACCUCCUAAAGGUUCAUAAGCAUAUCAUCCUCACAUCCUCUUUACUGUCAUUAGGCCGGAGGAUGUCUGACUCAGUGCAGCGUCUAGUCUCCAAGAUUAUACUUUGCGCCCUGAUAAUUCCACUGCUAAACAAAGUAAACGCUUUGGCAAACAUUGCUUUGUGUGCUUCCACUUUAGAUUGAAUCUGAAAGAUUUUUUAUAUAUUUUUUUGCACAAGCGUAUUUAAGGACUAGCGUGUUUUGUGCAUCCACGUGGUUUAGAAAAUGCAGCACCCUGUAUUUUCUAUGAAGCAAUACUUUUUUCCCCUUGCCCCUCCAGUUAAAGCCGAUGUUCCCUCUCUUUUAGGCGUGCAGACAGAAUGAUGCACAGUAAUCCUUUACAGCAAUUUGCUCCCACGUAGCUCCUCACGUCUCUGAGGUCCCCUCAGCCAUCUAGAAAUUCCUCCACUCACUCUUCCUUCAUGUUUAAAUUCAUUUUUUUUGCAUGUUAUCCAACCCUGCCUCUACAUUUUCCCAACGCUCUUAAGUCUCCUGAUGUAAGGGAUUGCAUAGCGACGCGUUUGAAACUCUUGUCACUCGUUCAAAGCGAUGAACCUUGAGCUUGUCAGCUGACAAAGCAGAAGAAGCUAAACUCGGAGCAACCGUCCUACCUAGUAGCAUCCAAGACUGUUAAUCACUAACCUGCUUGGGGGGAGGAAAUGGGUCAGCGCCUUGGCUGCUGACAGCCUCUGGAUGGGCCUGCUUACCUUGCAGCUUACGAGGGCAACUCUGUAAUAUGUCUGGAUUUGGGAUGUGGGAGAUGGGUUUUAAUACCAUAAUCUCUAGCUUGGUGGUUUGUCAUUAUUCAGCAAUCAUGUCCUCUACAGGGAAGAGAGAGGGAUGUUUGUUGUGCCUGAAAUUGUUGCUCGGUGAGAAUCAUUAUAAGUGUUCGCUGCAAAAAUUGAGAUAUUAAAGGCAAACUAGGCAGUUUUGGCUUGCUUUGAGCACCCCCUAGUGUCCAUUUGAUAGAUCCCAAAGCAAAACGUAUCUCCUUGCUCCGCGUUUGUCUUUUUAACACCUUAAUCUGAAAGCUGAAACGCCUCCCCAGCCUUCACUAGUGUCUACAAGCGUGAUUCAUCACUAAAUCGAACAAGUUAGCUGUGUUCAUGAUCUAAUACGCUGAAAGCAGACUGCAGCAUGAGGUAUGUCAGCCAAAUUUUUUUCUAAGUCCAAUAGACCCGGCGGGCAAUCUGAAGUUGCAAAUGUUGUAUUUUGGCCACAGAGGGUGGUGGGGGCCUGAGUGACGUUUCAUUAACCCUGUAAAGGGUUAUUUUAGCACAUACGGGCUCAAGGAAAUAGUUGAAAAAUAUGAAAAAGUUGCGUAGUAUCCCUUUAAAGUCAAAAUCGUGCUUUUGAGUGUGCUUACAGCACAGCCGUGUGCGUUUGAAUAAGCAUCAUGUACUUUCUGUUCCUGCGUGUCGAAACGCCGGUUGACAAAGGGACGCCUUAGUGUUGUCACUUCCUUUAUGGUGUCUGUGGUUUUUUCUUUCCUUUUUGCUCGAGGCUUUAGACCACUCUUCAAACUGUUUGUAUUUAUGUGUUCAGCCUUUAUUUAAAACUUUAUCUGAGUCACUUCUUCCCUCUUUGGUGACGCUGAACGUGUUCACCUCAGCUCUGCUGGUUUCGAUCCUCCAGGAAUCUGCAGGUGAUGAUUAGAGAGGACCUGCUCGAUAGGUUGUGACAGUUUCAGCUAAAAGCGUUGAGCAAACUGCAUCGUAGCUUCUCACAUCCGGAGAGCGCCAUUUUGUUCACUUCCUUUUCUCUAGAGCAGUUUUCAGCAGGCCUCAGACGUAUGAAGCGGUGGAACCGUUGGACCUGGAGGAGAUCCUGAUGUCACAGUUAACUAGCGAAGACCUGGCUCUGAUGCACGAACUCGGAGACUUUCCCGAUGAUGAACUGAAAGUGGAGCAGGUGGAGAGGGAGAGGCGGACCAUUCGGCACUCCGUCCCCGAGGAUGGAUGGGAGUUAGAUCCACAUGUCAGAGACUGUGUGAAGAGUUACACCCAGCCAUGGCUGAUAGUCUCCAGGAGGUGCCAGGGGGACGGCUGGAGCAUGUACUCUGAGCGAACUGGCCUUCACAAAAACCUGCAGAAACAAAUAUUUGAGUCUGAUAUUCAGCCAAAAACCAAGGAAAAAGCAAUCAGGUCUCCGAGUCUUGCAGGUCUGACCGAGGACUCGGGUCGCACUCUGACUUCGUGUGAUUUUAACUUGCGAAGUCUGGCCCCGGACCCGAGGGUGAAGUAUGCUUUGGCCUUCAGCAACCAGGAGGAACUGGAUCGAUUAAACCAGGAAGCGCGGCAGGAAAACAGGCCCUCUGAGCUUUUUUCUCUUUACCCACCACCGGACGAGGAUGAUGCUGUGGAAAUCCGUCCCAUUCCUGACUGCCCCAAAGAACACACUGGAGAACGCAUCCUGAUGCGAUGCCAGGCCAUAAAGUUUGAAAUUGACAUUGAGCCCAUAUUUGCCACCCUGGCCUUAUAUGACCUAAAAGAGAAGAAAAAGAUUUCGGAGAACUUCUACUGUGAUCUCAACCCAGAACAGUUCAAAAACUUCUUAAAAAAUCACACUCCUAACGUGGAUCCCUCCACGCUGGCCAGAUCUGGCAUCUUCUCAGUCACUUAUCCUUCUCCGGACAUAUAUCUGGUCAUCAAGAUUGAGAAGGUUCUGCAGCAAGGAGAGAUCAGUGACUGCGCUGACCCUUAUAUAACAAUGAGGGAGAGUGACUCUGCCAAGAACAAGGACAAACUGGAGAAGUUGCGUACCCAAGCUGAGGCUUUCUGCCAGAGACUAGGGCGCUAUCGCAUGCCUUUCGCAUGGGCGACCGUCAACGUCAUGGAAGUCAUUUCGACCGCCACGAUAGACCGUGAUGUCACAGACUCGGAUAGCGCCAGAGGAGGUAAAUCCAGCAGCAUUGACCGAAAAUCGCAGCUUCCCAGGAGGAACUCGGAGCGCUUUAGUACCAUGGACGAUCAGUUUUGUAACGUUUCUGGAUUUAAACCUGCCACCAUCACUAUCACCACCAUCUUCAAACAGGAAGGAGAUCGUCUAAGUGAUGAAGAUUUGCUGAAGUUCCUUGCAGAGAUAAAGAAAACCUCGACUCCACAGCGAAGAAUCAAAACCAUACCAGGCUGCAUAAAGCUGGACAUGUCUCCUGUCCACGACACUCCAACGGGCUGUUUAUCCACAGAGCUCAUCCCUCUCAUCCCAGUGGCUGAGAAAAACAUCAGACCAGUUAAAGAAGUGCUGGAGUUUCCCUCCAGUGAGGUUUAUGUCCCUCACAACAUCUACAGGAACCUGCUCUUCAUCUACCCUCUGAAGCUGAACUUUGUCAACAGGCUGACAUCUGCCAGAAACAUUGCCAUCAAAAUCCAGUUCAUGAGUGGUGAGGACCUAAGCUGCGCCAUGCCUGUCAUUUUUGGGAAAUCCAGUGGCCCUGAGUUCUUAAAGGAAGUUUACACCGCUGUUACCUACCAUAACAAAUCUCCAGACUUUUAUGAGGAAGUGAAAGUCGCUCUUCCCGCCCGUCUGACUGAUAGACAUCACUUGCUGUUCACCUUCUACCACAUCAGCUGUCAGCAGAAACAGAACCUGGGCGGCAGCUGCGAAACACUCAUCGGCUACUCUUGGCUGCCCAUAUUGAACCGGGACCACCUGCAAACGGGUCAGUUCUGCCUACCCAUCAUCUUGGAUCGGCUUCCUUUCAACUACUCGCUGCACGCGCCAGAGAAACUUCCUCCUCAGGCUCCUCCUGUUAAGUGGAUGGAGAGUCAUAAAGAACUCUUCAACUUGGAGAUCCAGGCGGUAUCGUCUGUUCACAGCGAGGACAACCACCUGAAGCGUUUCUUCACCCUGUGCCACGCUCUGGAGGGCGGCGUCACCUUCCCUCUCUGGGUCAUAGGCGAGAAGAUUCCCGAGAACAAGCUGGAACACGAGCUGAAGCUCAGCAUCAUAGCUCUGUCCUCCUCCAGGUUGGAGCCUUUGGUCCUCUUCCUCCACCAGGUGCUGGAUAAGCUCUUCACCCUCAUCAUGCAGCCCAUUCUCAUCGCCACCCAGACCGCCAACUUGUCCCAGAUAGCCUUUGAGUCCCUGGCGUCCAUCGUCAACAGCCUUCACAACAGCCAGGAGCUGAUCAAAGAUCAUCUGGGCCGGAACAGCCUCUUGGUGACCUACCUGUACUGGGUGUUUCGUGUUCCUGAUCCCCCUCAGGACACGCAUGGCUCAGGUCCAGGUGGUUCCAUACCUUCGUCAGAGAGUCGGUACAGUACGAUGGGCCGCGCCACGGCGGCCUCAGUGGGGAACAUGCUUCUCCAGUCCAGGUUUCGCAGCAGCAGCAACCCCGAUAUCCCCUCUCAGCAAAUAUCAGCGGAAGACGCAGAGGUCAAAAAUAUUCUCUCUGCCAAGGGCAACAACAACCCCGGCAGCCGCAUGUCCACCUAUGUGGAUGUCACCAACCAUCAGAGCUCCACAGGAAGCAGUAGGCCCUCCAGCAAAAAGUUUCACGAGGAGCUGGCCCUGCAGAUGGUCGUCAGCAGUAAUGUCUGCAGAGAGAACACCUACAAAUAUUCCUGGUUCUUCUUUGAGCUGUUGGUGAAAAGCAUUGCUCAGCAUGUGUCCCAGCUGGACAAGCACGGCGUUCCUCGAAGGAGUUGUUUCUCCGACAGGUUCAAAGAUGACAUCACCACGAUCGUCUCCGUGGUUUCAGCCGAGAUUUCCACAAUCCUCGUCAAACAAAAAGUGGAGUUUGAGUUGGCAGAGAAACUCAACGUCAGCCUGGCCUUCUUCCUCUAUGACCUGCUGUCGCUCAUGGACCGAGGCUUCGUCUUCCAGCUGGUGAAAAACUACUGCAGCCAGAUGUCAGCGAGGAGCGUUUCUAUGCAGGCGCUGAUCAGCAUGCGUCUGGAGUUCCUGCGAAUCCUCUGCAGCCAUGAACACUACCUCAACCUGAACCUCUACUUCAGCAGCCCUGCUUCCGCGCCCGCCUCGCCGUGUCCAUCCAUCUCCUCUCAGAGCUCCAGUUCCUGUGGCUACCAGGAGCAGCAGAAUAUCUUGGCUCUGUUUGAACUUACCCCAGAAUUCAAGCAGCAGCAUUACCUCACCGGUCUGCUCCUAACAGAACUCAGCACAGCUCUAGACAUGGAGUCGGAGGGGGGGAAAGUUCAGAGAAAGGCUAUUAACGCAAUUUACAGCCUGCUGUGUUCUCAUGAUCUGGAUCAGCGCUGUGAUAAACCUGAGGUCAGAGCCAAGGUGGCUGCUCUUUACCUCCCCCUGGUGGGGACCAUUGUAGACUCCACCAACUACCUGGACUUCACUGUGAGCGGGAAAAACAAGGCGAGCGAACCCGAGAAUGACCUUGAAAGCGUCCCACCUAUCAAUCAGUCCGUUGCCAUGGCGAUUGCCGGGAACCCCUUCAACACGCUGGGUCGCAACGUCCUCGUCUCCAUGGCAUCCUUGCAAGGUAAAUCCGUCGCUACCCUGGCGGCGGACACGAGUCGCCACCUGUUGGUGUGCUUCCUGUGGGUAAUGAAGAACGCUGAUAGGAGCCUGAUUCAGCGCUGGACUGUGAAUAUGCAUCCAUCCCACCUCAAUAAGCUGCUGGAGCUCCUCACCAUCUGUGUGUCCUGCUUUGAGUACAGGGGAAAGCAGAGCAGUGACAAAGUGAGCACUCAGGCCUUGCAGAAAUCUCAGCAGGUCAAACAGCAGCUGGAGGAAGCCCUGCUGAGAGGAAUGGGAGCCCGCGGGGAAAUGAUGAAACGAGUUGGCGGAACUGACAGGACUUUGGGUCAGAGAGAGAACCUUCGCUGGAGGAAGGAUCGCACACAGUGGAGACAAACAAACGACAAACAAGAUAAAUCUAAAUCUGAAUUGGACCAAGAGGCUCUGAUAAGUGGGAACUUGGCCACUGAGACAAACCUUAUAGUUCUGGACCUUCUGGAGACAAUAAUACAGGCGGUGCCGCUGGCAGAUUGUAAAGACAGCGUCGUUGGUGCAGCAUUGAAGGUGUUGCUGCACUCUCUCACCUGUAACCAGAGCUCCACUUUCCUCUUGCACACCUUCAGCACACUGCGAUCACUUGUCAUCAAGUUUGGAGACCUGUUGUUUGAGGAGGAGGCGGAGCAGUGUGCCGACCUGUGCCAGAAGGUGCUCCAGUACUGCAGCAGUCCUGUGGAUGAGAACCGGAGUCAGGCCUGCGCCACCCUCUAUCUCAUCAUGAGAUACAGCUACAGUAAUGCUAAUAACUUUUCAAGAGUGAAGAUGCAGGUCACCAUGUCCCUGGCCUCCCUGGUGGGCAAAUCCUCAGACUUCCAGGAGGAAUACCUGAGGCGCUCCCUCCGCACCAUCUUGGCCUACGCAGAGGAGGACACCGAGAUGCAGAACACUCAAAUGCCCUCCCAGGUGGACGAGCUUCUGAGAAACCUCAACAGUAUUUUGUCUGACACAGUGAAGAUGAGAGAGUUUCAGGAAGAUCCGGAGAUGCUUAUGGACCUCAUGUACAGGAUAGCAAAGGGCUACCAGACGUCUCCUGACCUACGUCUGACCUGGCUACAGAAUAUGGCAGAGAAGCACACCAACAGGAAGUGUUACACCGAGUCGGCCAUGUGCCUGGUGCACGCCGCCGCCCUGGUGGCAGAGUAUCUCAGCAUGCUGGAGGAUCACACGUACCUUCCUAUUGGAAGCGUCACCUUUCAGAACAUUUCCCCCAAUGUGCUCGAGGAGUCGGCUGUGUCGGAUGACAUCCUGUCGCCAGAUGAGGACGGGGUGUGUUCAGGGCGCUACUUCACGGAGAGCGGCCUGGUGGGGUUGUUGGAACAGGCGGCUGAGCUCUUCAACAACGGUGGUCUCUAUGAAGCGGUGAAUGAAGUCUACAAGAUCAUCAUACCGAUUCUGGAGGCCCGCAGAGAUUUUAGAAAAUUGGCCUCUACACAUGACAAACUUCAUCGAGCCUUUGAAAACAUCAUCCAGAGGGGCCAUAAGAGGAUGUUCGGAACGUAUUUCCGUGUGGGAUUUUACGGGGCCAAAUUCGGCGACCUGGACGAGCGGGAAUUUAUUUACAAGGAGCCCGGCAUCACACAUUUACCCGAGAUAUCACACAGGCUGGAGAACUUCUACAGUCAGUGUUUUGGAGAUGACACCCUGGUGAUGAUCAAGGAUUCUGCACCAGUGAACAGAAACCAACUCAACCCCAACAAGGCAUACAUCCAGAUCACUUAUGUAGAGCCGUACUUUGAUGACUACGAGAUGAAAGACCGUCUUACAAACUUUGAGAAGAACUUCAACCUGCGGUGCUUCAUGUACACCACGCCCUUCACCAAGAGUGGACGGCCUCGGGGUGAGCUCAAUGAGCAGUACAAGAGGAAGACCAUCCUCACCACCAUGCACGCCUUCCCUUAUGUCAAAACACGCAUCAAUGUCAUCCAGAAGGAGGAGUUUGAUCUCACGCCUAUCGAGGUGGCCAUAGAGGACAUGCAGAAGAAGACUAGGGAGCUUGCAGUUGCCACACACAGAGAGCAACCAGAUGCUAAGAUGCUACAGAUGCUGCUACAAGGCUCUGUGGGGGCCACUGUUAACCAGGGCCCGUUGGAGGUGGCCCAGGUCUUCCUGAAUGAGAUCCCCGCGGACCCCAAGCUCUUCCGCCAUCACAACAAGCUGCGCUUGUGUUUCAAAGAGUUCAUAAUGAGGUGUGGCGAGGCAGUGGAGAAGAAUAAACACUUGAUCGCAUCUGACCAGAAGGAGUACCAACAUGAGCUGAAGAAGAACUACAACCGCCUGAGAGAGAGCUUGAGGCCGAUGUUGGAGAGGAAGAUCCCCGAGCUCUAUAAACCCAUCAUUAGGCCUCGGCUGGAGAACAGGGACUCUUUCAAACGCCUCAGUUUCCGCAGAGCUCCUGAUGAAAACUCCUGAGGUGGCACAGCUCGUUGGAGAGUGCUGCAGAAAGUUGUCACAGAACUGAAAGGGUGGAGGGAAAAAAAAGAGAUGAAGAUGUGUUAAAAAGCUCCACUGAAAUGAUCUGAGCAGGAAAAGUUUCCGCAUGGAUGAACCAGGGUUGUUGUUUUUUUAUUCUACAUUUGAAUCCAGCACUGUGCUUUAUCGGUUCCCAUGUGCCCACUUUUACGACGUCAUGGAAUUUUUUUUCCCCCCAAUAAAAUGGUCAAAUACAGAAAUUAGAGCAAAAUGCUGUAAAAUGUCAAAGUUCUGAUAAUGCUGCAAACAUCCCGUCUGGGCUGAUAAAUUUACUCAGAGCUGUGUGUGUGUGUGUGUGUGUGUGUGUGUGUGUGUGUGUGUGUGUGUGUGUGUGUGUGUGUGUGUGUGUGUGUGUGUGUGUGUGUGUGUGUGUGUGUGUGUGUGUGUGUGUGUGUGUGUGUGUGUGUGUGUGUGUGUGUGUGUGUGUGUGUGUGUGUGUGUGUAAACUUUAGAAUGGAAGUUUUGUUGUGGCAUAUUGAAGUCAUUUAAUAGUUGAUGAUCAACUUUUUCUGUUGUAAAACUGUACAUUUGUACUCUGGGCAUGCAUGACAUGCCAGUAUGAGCAGCGAGCGUUUGUGCACUGGAGAAGCUGGAAUUCCGGUUGAUUAAUCUUUUCCUUUCAGCUUAAGACACCGUCUCCAUUUCUGACCAUUUAAAUUACACAUGGACAAAUGAUAAAACCCAUGUUUUGUGUAAACAUUAAUAACCAAGAUGUUUUCAUUGGUAUAAAAGAGGUAUUUUUCAGUUGAUUUUAUAGAAAUUUAUUUUUAGAUUAAUAAAUUAUGAUAUAAAUGGAAACUAUUCAUGUAGAAGUCUGUAGUUUCAGUUGUUGCUUGUAAAUAUAUAACUUUUUACAAAACAAAAUUUAAAACAGUUUUGCGUGCUCAUUAAACCGUAUUCCUGUUUUUGAAAUAAUUAAAAAGUUUGUGUUUUAUUAGUGGCAUUGAUCUAUUAGACUACAUAAAUCAAUCUUUUCUUCAUUGUUGUCAUGCACUCAAUCCUGUUCAAGAUUAUGAAUAAAAUUUAAUAUAUGAACAUCA